AUGCUCACUCAUCUCCUACUUGUAUGCGUGACGGUAAUCCAUUUUCUCCUCUAUCCCUUGGCCAGUCCAUCUACGUCCAGUCAUUCCUUACAUCGCCCCGUCCACACGCACACAUCUCUUGCAGUCUGUCAACUCAUUCAUCUGCCCAUCGAUCGUCUUGUCGGCGGCUGCCUCCUCCUGGCCAGACGGCCACAUCAACUGCGCCAACUCAGCCAACAUGGCCGACAUAUUAUGCAUGCCGUCUGUCUGUUUACACGCUCGCGACACACGAACAAUGCACAACACAGCUCUAUGCAGGCCCCGUCACCAUCGCAUUCGCUUCAUUGCUGCCCUGUCCGAUUUGCCUUGAACAACGGUCCGCAGCGUACGCACUCUAUCGUCCCGCCUACUCGGCGCAGAAACAUCAACGUCUGCACCGGAUUUGACGGCCGACUGUAUCGAUUAGCCGGGCUAGAUGCAACGAGCAGUCUAGCCAAUGGGAGCGAGCUUGUCAGUUUGCUUUGGCAUGCCGAUUCCGCCAAUCAGGCCGCCGCUGAAAAUGCAUUUCACCAGGGCCACAUUACUUAUGCCUGUGAACUUGAAAAGAAUGUUGAGCCCUCUGCUUUGUGCAGCGUUACUUGA